UAGCUGCUCGCUCCCCGGCUGCUUGGAGAGGUGACGCCUCUUUCGGAGUGAGGCCCAGACUCGGCACAAAGCUCCCCGGCCUGUGCUCGCCCGUCCCCAUCCGUUCCUCGCCAUGUUUACGAUAUCGGAGCUCGUUGCCCUGGUCGCCUUCUUCUCCGCCACGGCCUCGGGUUACUUCGUGAGCAUCGACGCUCAUGCAGAAGAAUGCUACUUCGAGCAUGUGACGUCCGGCACCAAGAUGGGCCUGAUCUUCGAGGUGGCGGAAGGGGGGUUCCUGGACAUCGAUGUGGAGAUUACUGGUCCUGACAAUAAAGGCAUAUAUAAAGGAGACAGAGAGUCCAGUGGAAAGUAUACCUUCGCUGCUCAUAUGGAUGGAACUUACAAAUUUUGUUUCAGUAACAGAAUGUCAACAAUGACACCAAAGAUAGUGAUGUUCACUGUUGAUAUAGGAGAAGCCCCAAAAGGCCAGGACAUGGAAACAGAAGGUGGUGGUGAAACAUGGGAUGCACACCAGAACAAGCUGGAGGAGAUGAUCAAUGAACUAGCUGUGGCCAUGACAGCUGUUAAGCAUGAGCAAGAAUACAUGGAAGUGCGGGAAAGAAUACACAGAGCAAUUAAUGACAACACGAACAGCAGAGUGGUGCUCUGGUCAUUUUUUGAAGCUCUCGUACUUGUUGCUAUGACACUGGGACAAAUCUAUUAUCUGAAGAGAUUUUUCGAAGUCAGACGAGUGGUUUAAAAAGUUAUUUUGUGGGGAUUUAUUUUUAUUUUUUAUCCCAAACUUUUCCCCCCUUUUACCAAACAACUUCAAAAUUUAGUUUUGCAAUUUUUACUUUUGAAACGUUCAUUGUAGCAUAAACACUGUGCUGCAUAUAUUACCUUCAGCAAAGUCCCCAAGAAAUCAUAACUGAAGUGACAUUUUUGGAAAGAUUCUAGAGCACUCUGUGUUGUGGUACUCGUCCGGAUUGGAAGUGUCUAGUUACAUUGAUCUUUCUUACCACUUUUACUUUUGCAAAGAGAAUAUUUUGUUUUUUUAUGGAGACUAAGAGCCAAAGAGGUUCAUACAUAUAAGAUGGCUAAGAAUAAACCACAAAACUUAACCUGCAAUAGCCGUAUCCAGCAAGUGAACUUCUCUAACAUUUAGGAUAAUAUCACCUUCUUUGUUGUCUAUUAUCCUUUGUAUUUUCAAAUAAUUCAUAGCCUAACAAGUUCUGCCUGCAAGAGUGUUAUGCUUCACUGUUAAAGUCCUUUUACAAAGAUGCAAUGAUACCUGGGUUUUAAUUCUGGACAAAUCGAGUGGCCUUGUAGCCUCUAUUUAAGACCAUUACCUCUUCCGUUUUCAGAAGAGAUCUGUUCACUUCUAUUACUGGAUAUUGGGCACAGAAAGGGUUAAUCUUUUCCAAAAGAUUAAGUUGAUUUAAGGCAAGCUACAGCUGCCUUAUUGUAACUUUCCACAAGCUGUGAUUUCAAGCAACAUUGUGUAUACAUGGUCUCUGCUAGGUAUUGAAAGACACUCCAUUAUGCUGGCCAACUAUUACAGGGAUUUUCUUUAAUUGUUUUCCUACACCCCUCAUUUCUAGAGUAGUAUACUUUAAUUGAAGAAAAACUAGCUGUAUACGUGAUUAAGCUCUGAAAUCUUGCUGUAAAGUGUUAAGCUUAUACAGCUUUUUUCGGAGUUCCCGGGUUCCAUUGUCUGCACACCGCUACUGAGAAUUUUAUUGGAUUACAAUAUGUUCCACUGUGAUUGCACAUAAUAUGAAGCUUUCUUUUUACAUUUGCUGUGUAGCUCAGUGCAGCUUACUGUGCUGUUAUCGGCCAUUUUACUAGCGUACAGAUGCUGUUGGUACCAGUGGCCUCAAACCCACCUCUUUACGGUUAGUUAUCAGCGACCUAUGGAUACUGCAUGCUUUCUCUCCGAAUGGAUCCUCCAUUGAUAUACUUUCCAACUGCAGGUGAAAGUACAGAUCACAGAUUGGAGUAAUCCUCACCAGUGUGAAUACUGUAUUGGAAGUUCACUAUAGGAAAAUAUCACUCCGCAAUCACAACUAUUUUUCAGCUCUGAUUCCCUGAAACUUUUACAUAAAUAUGUAUAUAUUUCUGAAGUUCCUAACCCCCCCUGAAAACGAAGUGAAUCCACUACAUACAAACAACGAGAUGGAUGCAGAGUAUAGAAUAUAUAAGCCAACCUUUACUGAAUUUUAGUAUUCCAUUAAAAUAUACUACUGUAUAAAGGGUGUAGAGGGGGUAAAAUAACAGAUAAAAGAAGAAAUCCUUCAACGCAGCAAAGGGAGGUCGAUGCUAGAGUCAAAGUUGGCAGAUCAACAUUUAUACCCGUUCCUUAUUUGCAGGUUUUGGGUUUUUUUUCUUUCUGUUCCUGAAACUGGUGAAAUCCCUUAUAAAAGCAGGGGAACUGCAGGUAGAUAGGUUUCAUCCAUGUUAAUAACAAAAAAUGGCUACUAGUGUUGGUGCAGAUCAAGGUUAAGUUGUGACUUUUUUGUAAUUUAGCUGCUUGUAUUUUUUUCUCUCUUUCUUCCUCUGGACACAGAAGCAAUCUUUACAAGCAACAAAACGGUUUUGUAAAAUUAAGUUGUUUUCAUAUGGGAAUCCAUGUUAAAUAAAGUUUUCAGUCCUGGACAAAACCGCUCAUCCGGCAGGUGUAAGAAGAAUGAUAAAGUUCUUUUGUAAGGACUGUUGCUUGCUGAUUUGUUGUUUGAAUAUGACCUCAAAAUUUAUUUCGAAGAUGUACAUUUAAGAAAAAAAAAGGCUUGUCUAAAUAUUACCCAGGUUCAGUGAAAAAAUAAACACAUUCUUUAACUAAAAAGAAAA